AUGAUCAAAAAGCCGACUGUCCGCGCAAAACAGUGGCAACUAGACCUCCUAAAGAAAAUGCACGCAGAGGAGGCUCGGCCGUCAACUUCCCAAAGACAUAAACUGGCUGUGGAGACUGGCCUGGAUGAGGCGUGGAUCAAGAACUGGUUUAUGAGAAAAAAUAGGGUACCUCGUCCACCGGUUCCAAUGCCCCCUGGGGGACCGCUAGUACGUAUAAUAAAGCUGGAUCUGCCUCAACCCAAUACCCCGACGUGCUCUGAUGCGUCAAGGUCCCGAGGUCCUUCUCCUUCGCAUCCUAUCGUGUCCCAGGGAACGUCGGAUCUUCCUCCGACAUCAGAAUCACUUCUCGCUUCGGCUAGCAGAGCAGACGAGAUUAACUCGACGCGGAGGCUGGCUCACGGAUACAGUCUUCCAUCCUCAGUAGAAUCUCGCUCUCUCGGCUACACUCCAGACAUGCCACCUGCCUUGGCGAUCAGAUCCAGUCCAAGGUCAUCCUCGUCCUUGGAAAAGGAAAGGACAUUGCGGUGGCAGAAUACAAGAGCGUGGCGAUACUCCAGGGACUCGCUUCACAACCGAUAUCCAGACUUCUCAAAGUUUUUCCUUCCUGCACCUUCCGAUACCAUCGGCGACACCCUCAAAAUGCCCGAGUUUUCAUCAAUCCCCAUGCCAGACAUAUCAUCCUUGACACACAAUCCUUCGAGCAUCAACACUGCACUGUCUACGGAUUCCACCCUUUCUACCAUGCACCUGUAUCCAUCAAUUACAAUGCCUGUAUUUUUUCACACAAGUCUAUCUCUAUUACACAACAUGCAGGAGCAAGAUGCUUGA